CAUAAAAAAUUAACACUUGGCAAAGAUGUAGAUGGUGGAGCCUCGUUUUUCGCUCUUGCUUUCAGUUGUACUUUUUUGACAUAAUUCCGACGCUUGUGCAUCAACUUGCUACGCUUAUAGGUAUCUGAUAUCUUUUCCAAUCGCAGCUGCGAUGUGAUAGUAUCUUUUUGAGACUACAUGUUGUUUUUCAAGUGGUACUUACUCAUUUUCGCAAUGGCGCAAGUCCAAGUGACAGAACAAAUAUAAAAAGCAGUUCUUCAUCUCUGAGGCACAGGACCACCGUCGCAGUAAGUGUUAGGAUAAGGAUUGCAGCAGCACUACGUUCUAACAAACGAGCAAGAUGGACGUUCUCGAGGAGUGUACCCAGGAGCUGCGGGAUAUGGCCGAGGAGCGGGACUGGAACCAGUUUCACACGCCGCGGAAUAUCCUCCUGGCCCUGGUCGGCGAGGUGGGCGAACUGGCGGAGCUGUUUCAGUGGCGGACGGACUUCACCUGCCAACGAAACCUCCCGGAGUGGAGCGACAAAGACCGUCAGAAGGUGCGGGACGAGGUGGCGGACGUGUUUGCGUACGUGGUCCGCUUUGCGGACUUGUGCGGCAUUAACCUGUUGGCUGCGUUUCGAGAAAAGAUGGUCAAGAACCGGGCGAAGUAUCCGGUCGAGUUGUGCUAUCCACAGUAAAUUUCCCGUACACGUACACAUGCGGUCUCUGCAUGAGAAAACUUGGCUUCGAUCCUAGUUUAAUAGCAUGGCAAGUUUUACGCUUCAAAUUGGUGAAAUUUGUGAUGCAUGUUGUACAUGUACGGGAAAUUUUUUGUAUUGCAUAUGUGCUACGGUAAAAGCACCAAGUACAACGAACUGGAGGCUGCCGAGCGACGGGUAGAUAGAUCACCGUCUGUUCUUGUCGAAAAUCAAGCACUACAACCCCACACAGGAAUAGGGCUUAAGCUUAUAGUACCUCCGUCGAAAAAUGAUAAUUAUACGACGAGCCCUGCUGGCGUGCCAAACCCGCAAUCGAAUGUGGCUGCUUCGUCCAGACAGCCCCCGAAACCCCCUACGGUGCAAAAACGGAAAAAUAAUCUGGAAUCAAACAAUUUCGGCGCACACCAGCUCGGCGGCGCCAUGGCUAUUCCAACAACAUCAGGAUCACCAGCAGCGAGUAGUGGCAAAAUAAAUGGGACGAAUACCAACCCGAAUAAAAGCAUUACGUUCGAAGACAUUUGCGCCACCAAAUCCGCAAACAGGUCAAGCAACGUCAAUGCGAAUGGCACUUUCACCGGUGGCGGCAGUGCCACUGCGAGACCAGGUCAUCAAAACCCAAACACUUCUUUUCAGCCGCAUCCCGGGGGAAUUGUGGACCCCGGCUCCGCGACGACGGUGGCAGUGCGGUUCGGGGACGUAGCCGGUGCCGGGUAUUCUGCUUUUUCUGCCUCAAGUUCCUCGCCUCACACCGGAGGUCCUCCGCAGCACCUUGCUCCUCCCGGCGCCAUGUUCAAGAAUCAACGUGAUCUGCAGAUGAAACCUUCCCCCCUUUCACGCGUGCCCGUCUUGCAACCACCGCCAAGCAACCGACUCGCAGGUAGAGGGCAGAAUGCCGUGGGACGAUCGUCCUCGUCCUCCUCAUCCUCGGCGGGUGAGGCUUCUGGGGUGAACGGAACCGCCUCGCAAAAGGGCGCGGAGGAGUCAUCUCGUCAAUCCUCUUCUUCCCGGUCAGGAAACGAGGAAUCAAGAGGGACAGGUGCUUGUUUGAAGAGCGGUGCAGCAGCAACGAGCACGGUUGGGCGUGCGGGCCGGGGUUCAGGGAGCUUCGGGCGGUUUGUGGAGCAGCGCCAGCAGAAGCAGCAGUUUCUGCCCGAGCCACCCCCACCCAUGAUAGUGCCUCCAGGACAAAGUGGAGCCACGGCACUUGAAACGCCCGUAAUUGAACCGGUCAAAACGAAUAACCCGUUUCUGGAGGAUGUCACAGUUGAGGCAUUUUCGAGCGACGAAUUAGGUGUUGAUCGGGGUCGGGGAGUGACGAAAAAUUCCAGCACCUACAACAUGGACAGGACGAUCCACUGCGAGCAGGAGAUUGAAGAAGGAACCACUGGUGCCAGUGGAGAAAAACGCCAGCGAACGACAGUCACAAGACCGAUUGCCCCAGCUAGUAGUGCUGUUGCCGCCCAGGAUCUUCCCGGGUCUGUGUCGAUGUAUGGCGUGCCUGGGAGGGGGCCGUGCGGUCCGUCGUCGCAGGCCUAGUAGAAGAGGAUUCUGUCGUGGUGUGCUGUAUCACUCGUGUGAUUUUAUGGAUAUGAUUGUGCUGGUGGCCCCUGCAGCAGUCGCCGCUCCGCUGUAUCAAAUAUUAUUCGAGGAUGAAGUAGAACAACAAAAGCGCAUAUGUUGUUCUUGAUCUUGUUUUUUCGUUUUCAUUUUGAUGUAAAGGUAAAGCGCUAGUAACGCUAAGGUGUGCGUGUCAAACUGAAGUAGUGUCUAGCUCUAGUGGUUUUCGAAUAAUCAUUAUUCCGCCAUUGAUUAAGAAACACAGAGAGCACACGGAGAAU